UCUCGCGCUGCGGCUUGCUCUCUUCGCAACGAGAUCCUUCGAGAUCUUCUCCGCCCCCGCUACCGGCGCCCCAGCUGCGGCCGCUGAGCCGGAGCCGGCCUUAGCAGCGUUCUCGCCAGCGGCCACUCUUUCAAAAAGCUAGGUGCUCGCGGGGAAACCCGCACGCUGCCAUUAGUUCAGGUCCCCUGGUCCACGCGGCCCGAUCUCCGCGCGCCAGCCCCACCGGGGUCCGUGUCCUGUCUCGCCGGACGGACCCGGGCCCGAGCCCGAGCAAUAGCCGGCGCCAUGUCGGUGGUGGGAAUAGACCUGGGUUUCCAGAGCUGUUAUGUCGCUGUGGCCCGCGCAGGCGGCAUCGAGACGAUCGCUAAUGAAUAUAGCGACCGCUGCACGCCGGCUUGCAUUUCUUUCGGUCCUAAGAAUCGAUCAAUUGGAGCAGCAGCUAAAAGCCAGGUAAUUUCCAAUGCAAAGAACACAGUUCAAGGUUUUAAAAGAUUCCAUGGCCGAGCAUUUUCAGAUCCAUUUGUGGAAGCAGAGAAAUCUAACCUUGCGUAUGAUAUUGUUCAAUUGCCCACUGGAUUAACAGGUAUAAAGGUGAAAUAUAUGGAGGAAGAACGAAAUUUUACCACUGAGCAAGUGACUGCCAUGCUCUUGUCCAAACUGAAAGAGACAGCAGAAAGUGUUCUGAAGAAGCCAGUUGUUGAUUGUGUUAUUUCGGUUCCUUGUUUCUAUACUGAUGCAGAAAGACGAUCAGUGACAGAUGCAACACAGAUUGCUGGUCUCAAUUGUCUGCGGUUAAUGAAUGAGACAACUGCAGUUGCUCUUGCAUAUGGAAUUUACAAACAAGAUCUUCCUGCCUUCGAGGAGCAACCAAGAAAUGUAGUUUUUGUAGACAUGGGACAUUCUGCAUAUCAAGUUUCUGUAUGUGCAUUUAAUAGAGGGAAACUGAAAGUUCUUGCCAGUGCAUUUGAUACAACACUGGGAGGCAGAAAAUUUGAUGAGGUACUAGUGAAUCACUUCUGUGAAGAAUUUGGAAAAAAAUACAAGCUAGAUGUAAAGUCCAAAAUUCGUGCAUUGUUACGGCUGUCACAGGAGUGUGAAAAACUCAAGAAAUUAAUGAGUGCAAAUGCUUCAGACCUGCCUAUGAACAUCGAAUGUUUUAUGAAUGAUGUUGAUGUAUCUGGAACUAUGAAUAGAGGCAAAUUUCUGGAGAUGUGCGAUGAUCUCUUAGCUAGAGUGGAACCACCACUCCGAAGUGUUCUGGAGCAAGCCAAGUUAAGGGAAGAAGAUAUUUAUGCAGUAGAAAUAGUUGGUGGUGCCACAAGAAUCCCUGCAGUAAAAGAGAAGAUCAGCAAAUUCUUUGGUAAAGAAGUUAGUACAACAUUAAAUGCUGAUGAAGCUGUCACUCGUGGCUGUGCACUGCAGUGUGCAAUCUUAUCUCCUGCUUUCAAAGUCAGAGAAUUUUCUAUCACUGAUGUAGUACCAUAUCCAAUAUCUCUGAGAUGGAAUUCUCCAGCUGAAGAUGGAUUAAGUGACUGUGAAGUCUUUCCAAAAAAUCAUCCUGCUCCUUUCUCUAAAGUCCUCACUUUUUAUAGAAAGGAACCUUUCACUCUUGAAGCUUAUUAUAGCUCUCCUCAGGACUUGCCCUAUCCAGAUCCUGCUAUAGCUCAGUUUUCAGUUCAGAAAGUCACUGCCCAGUCUGAUGGCUCCAGUUCAAAAGUGAAAGUUAAGGCUCGAGUAAAUGUCCAUGGCAUUUUUAGUGUGUCCAGUGCAUCCCUAGUGGAAGUUCACAAGUCUGAGGAAAAUGAGGAACCCAUGGAAACAGAUCAGAAUGCAAAGGAGGAAGAGAAGAUGCAAGUAGACCAGGAAGAACCACACGUUGAGGAGCAACAGCAGCAGACACCAGCAGAAAAUAAGACAGAGUCUGAAGAAAUGGAGACUUCUCAAGCUGGAUCAAAGGACAAAAAAAUGGACCAACCGCCUCAAGCCAAGAAGGCAAAAGUGAAGAUCAGUACUGUGGACCUCCCUAUUGAGAAUCAGUUAUUGUGGCAGAUAGAUAGAGAGAUGCUCAACUUGUACAUUGAAAAUGAGGGUAAGAUGAUCAUGCAGGAUAAACUUGAGAAAGAACGAAACGAUGCUAAGAAUGCAGUGGAAGAAUAUGUGUAUGAAAUGAGAGACAAACUCAGUGGUGAAUAUGAGAAGUUUGUGAGUGAAGAUGACCGUAACAGCUUUUCCUUAAAACUAGAAGAUACUGAAAAUUGGUUGUAUGAGGAUGGAGAAGACCAGCCAAAGCAAGUCUAUGUGGAUAAAUUGGCUGAGUUAAAAAAUCUAGGUCAACCCAUUAAGAUACGGUUCCAGGAAUCUGAAGAAAGACCAAAAUUAUUUGAAGAACUAGGGAAACAAAUCCAGCAGUAUAUGAAAGUAAUCAGCUCUUUCAAAAACAAGGAGGACCAGUAUGACCAUUUGAAUGCUUCUGACAUGAUGACAAUAGAAAAAAACACAAAUGAGGCCAUGGAGUGGAUGAAUAAUAAGCUGAAUCUACAGAACAAGCAGAGUCUGACCUUGGAUCCAGUUAUCAAGGCAAAAGAGAUUGAAGCUAAAAUUAAGGAGCUGAUAAGUGUUUGUAGUCCUAUAAUUUCAAAGCCAAAGCCCAAAGUGGAGCCUCCUAAAGAGGAGCAAAAAAAUGGAGAGCAGAAUGGACCAGUGGAUGGACAAGGAGACAAUCCAGGGCCUCAGGCUGCGGAGCAUGGUGCAGACAAAGCUGUACCUUCAGAUUCUGACAAGAAACUUCCUGAAAUGGACAUUGAUUGAUUCUAACACUUGUUUAUAUUAAAACAGACUAUUAUAAA